AUGGCGCCAACCGGCGGUGUCGGUGGCGAUACGGCCACGUGGCGUACCGGCGCGCCGUACGCCAAUAUCCACGACGGUCGGCCGGCAGCGGGGGCCCGCGGCGGGCGGCGCGGGCGCCGGCUGGUUCUCACCAUGCGCGCGCACGUGACGGACAUCCCCGCGCGCCCUCGCGCGCCCCGACACGGCGGGCCGGCGCGCUCGCGCGCCGACUGCUCGCCGUGCUGGGGCCGAGACCUGCGCCAUGUGCUGCCUUGCGCGCCUCCUUCCACAUGGACCAGGUCGAGGGCAGCCCCUUUUUCGACCCAGGCUUCCUUGGAAGCCUACGCGUGUCUGGGGUCCUUUUCAAACAGGCGGGAGCAGGCGGUCCCCUGA